CUGGCCAUCGAGGGUAACUUCCCGGACCCAGCUCUGUUCUACGCGAACGACACAUGGCAUGCCGUCGCCACCAACAAUGCCGCCGGAGUGUUGUCCUUGGAAGGCGCAGACGCCGCGGCGAACUCGAUUGCCUUUGGCCAAGCGAAUGUGCAGAUGGCCACAUCGACCGACUUCAUCAAGUGGACUCUGGUCAAUCUCACACAGCAGCCUCUGCCGACAACUGGCGCAUGGGCACAGCGCAGAACGAAGCACCCUGCCAACGAAGCCAAGCCGCUUUCCAGCACCUGGGCACCGGCACUGAUCAAGCGAGACGAUGGCAAGUACGUCAUGUACUAUUCUGCCACCUGGACCGGCGAGUAUCCAUAUGCGAAGAACGAUGGCCGUCCGACACAUCCACAACCGCACUGUGUGGGAGCAGCAGUCUCUGACGGCUUCGACCCUAACGGUCCCUACGAGCCGCUCGAUGAGCCCCUCGCAUGCCCCAUCAAAGAGGGCGGCGCCAUCGAUCCAGAAGCGAUCCGUGACGUGGACGGGUCCAUCUGGGUCACAUGGAAAGUCGACGGCAACAACAUCGGUCGUGGCGGAGUAUGCGGCAACACUUUCGAUCCUCAAACCCCCACCCCGAUCAUGAUUCAGAAGAUGCAGGCCGAUGGAGUGACCGCGGUCGACGGCACUCUCACCCAGAUUCUCGACCGCACGGAUGCAGAUGGCCCACUCGUCGAAGCACCAGCACUCGUCCGCACGCGCCAGGGCAAGUACUUCCUAUUCUUCUCGUCCGGAUGCACGCGAUCGUCAUCAUAUUCCGUCAAAUACGCCGUCGCCGACAAAGUCACGGGUCCAUACGUCCGUGCCAAUGAGACGUUGCUCAGCACGGGCAUGUAUGGUCUCGAGGCACCAGGC